AUGGAGCCUCCAGGCAUGGAAACGGGGAUGGAGUUCCCGAAAAACCCACUACUCUGUCCCAUAUGUCACGAUUACUUCACUGAACCUUGCAUAUUGAGCUGCUAUCACACGUUUUGCGCUAGAUGCCUGAGAGGGAGAGAACAAGAUAGAAAAUUGAUUUGUCCUUUCUGCAGACAACCUACUAUUCUAAAAGAUGGCACCUUCCUUCCACCCCCAGACACUCUGAUGAGACAACUGAUCGACAUUGCCAACAGUGAAAAUCCACCAUGUUGCAACUGCGACAAGCGCGAUAGAGCCAACAUGUACUUUUGUAACACUUGCUGCCAAGCUCUAUGUACUCAUUGUAGAGACACCACACAUAGAGCAAAAAUGUUUUCUAGCCACGAAGUAGUGCACAUGACGAAGUGUCAAAAAGAACCUAAACGAUGUCCUUUACACGGUGAACACUUCAUAAUGUACUCAUCAAUUCAAAACGCAAUGUUAUGUGUGAACUGUUUCCGUGACUUGCCCAACGAAAUGCGAACUCAAUGUGUCGACAUUGAUACUGCCCACACUCAAGCCUCAAAACGUUUAGAAAGAGGCCAAAAUGCUAUUAUGGACUUACAAACUUCUGUCAGAGACGGUAUAAUAGCCCUCAAAGGCCUUAUGGAUGAACUAAGAAGAAAUAUGGACACAGAGAAGCAUACAAUAAACACUUUCUGUCAAGGAAUGCAAGAGGCCAUGGCCAAAACCCAUGCCACAAUGAUAAUGGAAGUACAAAGACAAUAUGAUAGUAAAGAGAGGAUUUAUAGAAGCCAAUUACUAUUGCUCGGAACCGUAAUGCCAGUAUUACAAUUACAUCUGGUUUUGUGCACCACAUUCACGGCUGCUGCCAAUAAGUAUCAGUUUUUGGAACUUUGUCCGUCUUUGAUUGAUCGAUUGUCGGCUGUAGGCAAUUUGAGUCAACCAGUGAGGUCUUUACAAUCUUCCCAGAUUAAGACAAACUACAGGAGUGAGUUUGCACAGUGUUUGGAGCCUUGGAUCGGGCCUGCGGCUGUUUCUCAACAUCAAUCAGAACUGGCUGCAACAGCACGUAUCUACGACACAGCCCCUCCAGCUACGAAAAAACAACAGACAACAUUAAAGGGCAAAGUUAUGGAAGGAGAUUCGUCAUUUUCCGCUCACUGUAGAUCGUUUGAGUCACAAAUCAGGGAACUAAACCAGCAGUUUAAUAAGGUUAAAGAGAAAGUUGGUGAAUUACAUAAGGAUAUAAAUGCAAUUAGGAAAGCUCAAACUCCUCCGUUGACUGCCAGAUAUGAAAUGCUUUUGAGGGAAUGCAUUCAUUUGGAUCAAACAUUAGAAAGACAGCAACAAGAGUUGGAUCGUAUGGCAACAGCCUUCGACCAAUCUUGGGAGGAACAAAUGUGGAGGCUCAGAGUGGAACAAGAAGUUUUCAGCUGUCAAAGGGCCGACGUCAACACUUUGAGAAACGAAUUGAAACAUUUGAGUCAAGUGGCCACGCAAUUGGAACCCUACAUAAGAACCUUAACUCCGGUACCUGCAGGUGGAUUGAGUGGGAGUCAUAAUCCUAGUAGUCAAGGGGACGGUGCCGGAGUUGGUAGCGGGGAUCAGGCUAAGCAGUUGGCUAAUUUGUUGGAACAUAUCGGCCUUCUCCAACCGUCGGAGCUCUCCAUGGGCAAAAUCCCAAGAUCCAGAAGCCGCGUCCUUGGACAACUCCUUGAAAAAGUCCGGCCUAACGUCCAGGAACGCGAAAGAAGUAAAUCAGCUGGACAAACUGAGAAGCCUAGCAGCACUCCAUUACCUAAAACGCCUAAAAAAAGUUUUUCUGGUAGUUCUAAUCAAAUGAAUGUGGAUAGCGUUUCUCGUUUUGAAGCUCAAAUCAGAGAAAAGCUUCACGAUAUUAUGUGUAGAAGGCAAAGCCAGCCGUCGUCGAAAUCUGAAACUGAAAUGGAUAAAAAAUUGAAGCAAGAGGAAAGAAAGUUUAGCAAGGCUGAUGCCGAAGGACUUGGUAAGCAACAAUCAAGUAAAUUAACAAUGAAGCAAAGAAUACUUUAUAAAAAGAUUGGUAAAAGUUGCGACAAAAUCAACGCAAUGGCUGAAAAAAGAUGCAAAUCCACUGAGUCUGAGUAUCAAAGAAUUUCUGAUGCCACCUCUCAGAAAAGUAAGCUACACGAAACUAGCAGAUCCAGCCCCAGUAGCCCUAAAUGUAAAAAUAAAGGCAAGGGACAAGGAAAAACUAAAAAGAAGGUUUACCCUUACAGCGACGGAGAAGACAAUAUUUUCUAUUCACUUAACGACUCGGCUGAUUCUUUAUCAACGUCUUCUCGACGAUCCAGCCUGGAUGGUGCUGCAGGAGAUGGCAAUGAUCCAGAUAAAACUCUGGUAGUUGUCAUUAACAGGAGGCAGAAAGGGACUGCUCAAACUCUGGCCCAGAAGCAACGCAGCUGGGAGACUUUUCCUCCAAAGCACAAGAGACAUCACGUGUGUCAGUCCAAGCUUAGUGCUCCUACUCAGCCAGCUGCUUUGAGGAAAACGGACAGUUUCGAAGGCCACGAGGAGGCGGUACGUAGCCUCGUAGCGGCGGUGCAGGAAACUCGACGCAAACCCAAGGGCGGCAAUUAA